UCAAAGUCUUUCUAAACUAUAUGAUAAAAAAAGCAUAUAUCUUCAACUUGGUGAGCACAUAAACAUUGACCAUACUUUCCACAGACCAAAGAAAAACAAGGAGUUGAGAAGCAAGCAAAGAAGAAGAACUGAGACACACACACAGACAUGGCUUCAUCAAGAGGUGGUAGUAAGAUCAAAGAAUUGAGUGCAGAGAGAAUUGAUAAGUCAUUUGCUGCGUCCUUGAAGGCUCACAAGACACCAGAGAAACUCUACCUUAUAGAAAAGAACAACAAAAGCAAUCCUCCAGAAGUUAUCAUCAGCUUUCCAGCAUCAGGUGUUUUCAAUGAUUGGUAUUCCAAAACAACUUUUGGUGAAACUGAAAUAGAUCUUAAACUAUUUCGUUCACUUAAAAGCAUUGGUAACAAUGAAGCUGCUAAGGUUAAUCAAUUUUUUCUCCAAAGAUUCAAAGAUAUUUUGGCAAAGUCAACACUUGAAGAAGAGGUGGAGAGGGCAAUGAAGAAGAAGAAGCAGAUAGUGUUUGCAGGACACUCGUCUGGUGGUCCAGUGGCUAUUCUGGCAGCACUUUGGGCCUUAGUAAACUUCCCAACUACAAAAUUCCCCGAUCGUAUCCCUCCCAUCUGUAUUACUUUUGGUUCUCCUUUAGUUGGAAAUCACAUAUUUUCUCAUGCUACAAGGAGAGAAAAUUGGACUGACCACUUCUUCCAUUUUGUGAUGAGAUAUGACAUAGUGCCAAGAAUCCUCCUUGCCCCUCUAUCUUCUUUCGACCAAAAAUUUGAAACAGUUGCACAGCUCUUAGAUCCCAAAAGCAAAUCAUUCAUGAAUGAAUCGAGUCUUGGAAGAAUCGCUUCAACUUCGGAUUUCUACUUUGAAGUAAUGUCAAAUGCUACAACUGUCACACGACAUGCUGCUUGUAGGCUAAUGGGAACAACAGAAGCAACACUUGAAACUAUUGCAAAUUUUGUUCCUUUGAGUCCUUAUAGACCCUUUGGAACUUACAUUUUCUGCACUACAAGUGGAAAUGAAGGAAAGCAAAUUGUCAUGAAAAACCCUGAUGCUAUUCUGCAGGUCAUGUAUUUCUGUGCUCAGAUAAGCUCUGAAGAAGAAACCGAGGAAGUACCCUUUAAAAGCCUGCGACAACAUUUAACUUAUUUGGCUGAACUGGUAAAAAACUUUGGAAAGCAAAAUGUUGUGUACUUAGACCAACUGGAAAAUCUUCCUUUGUCUGAGCAUACUACUUCCGGUGGCGACAUUGCAACCAUUAACAUAGCCUUAAAUGACCUUGGCCUGAGUACAAGAGCAAGACUAUGCAUUCAAGCAGCUGCAGCAUUAGAGGAACGGAAAACGAACAACGAGAAAAGUAUGCUACAAAAGAUAGCCGCUGUGGAGGAUAGGAUGAAAGCACUGGACAGUUACAGAGAAACGCGGGGACAUCAGAAAAAAGGUUAUUACGAUGCAUUCAAGGAUCAACUUGACCCGGAAGAUUUCCAAGCAAAUGUGCAGAGGCUAGAACUUGCAGGAGUAUGGGAUGAGAUAAUCGAAAAGCUGUUAAACUAUGAACUUCCAGAAGAAUUAGAAGGGAACGAAGAUUGGAAGAAUAUAGGAACGAAGUUUAGAAGACUAGUUGAGCCUUUGGAUAUUGCUAAUUACUAUAGACAUUCAAGGAACCGUGAUGGACGUGUUUAUAUGGCUAAAGGUGGAAGGCCAAAAAGGUAUAGGUAUACACAAAGAUGGUUGGAACAUUUUGAGAAGAGGGAUGAAGGCGGUUACUCAGAAUCAUGUUUUUGGGCUGAGGUGGAGGAUCUUUGUCAUGAUCCUGACAAGCCUUUUGAUGAUGUUAAGGAAAAGGUUGAGGCCUUGGAGGGGUUUAUAAGCAAGUGGCAUGAGAAAGGUGAAGUUGGUAAGGAUGUGUUUUUGGGGGAUUCUACGUUUGUUAAGUGGUGGAAAACAUUACCAACCCACCAUAAGGAACAAUCAUGCAUUAGAAGUCUUGUUGAAGUGUGACACAGAUGCUGCUUAUCCUCUGGAUUAUUAGUGCAGUUAUAAAUUAUACUAAUAUAGUACUUUGGAUUUUUAAGUGUGAGCUAUAGUGCAGUUGGAUCAUGCACUCUGUUUGGUUAUGUAAUAAGGAUGAUUUUCUUUCCUAUAUUCUGUAAUAAAUGUGAGCUAUAUAUAAUAUAUUGUUUGUGAGACAAAAACAAAGUAAAUUUGAUCUCUA